ACAGAAAAACGUGUUUUCAAAAUUUUAGUUAGUUCAACGCUGUCUCGUGGAAACUGUUUUGUUUUACUUGUAAGUUGUAACUUCGACAGUCACUCGGUUUCCGGGUGUUGUUUUCGUUUCGUACCGUGUGAUUUGCAAUGGCCGACGAAUUCGAUGACAAAAAAAAAGAACACAGAAAACCACAUUCUGGCAGAAAAGCCGAGAAAAAAGUCUUAAAGAAAAAAUUAGAUCAAGAUGAAGCUUCUGCCAGAAAAAGGAAUCCUAAAGCGUUUGCUAUUAACUCUGUCGUUAAUGCACAAAGACGAUUUAGAAGGGCUCAAGAUUUGGAUACCAAAAAACAACAUAUACCCCUUGUUGACCGUACACCUUUGGAACCUCCUCCAAUUAUUGUUGCUGUUGUUGGACCUCCAAAAGUUGGCAAGACAACAUUAAUUAAUGGCAUUAUAAAAAAUUUUACAAGACAACCCCUCACUACUAUUAAUGGUCCUGUUACCAUAGUAUCUGGUAAAAGGCGACGUAUUACACUAAUUGAAUGCAAUAAUGACAUAAACAGCAUGAUUGAUUUGGCCAAAGUAGCUGAUCUUGUUCUCCUUAUGAUUGAUGCAUCAUUUGGAUUUGAAAUGGAAAUAUUUGAGUUUCUUAAUAUUUGUCAGGUGCACGGAAUGCCUAAGGUAAUGGGUGUAUUAUCUCAUCUUGACAUGUUAAAAAAUAACAAAACACUUAAACGUACUAAAAAAUUACUAAAACAUCGUUUUUGGACUGAAGUCUAUGCUGGAGCAAAAUUAUUCUAUUUGUCUGGUGUUCAUAGAGGAGAGUAUGUUCGCAAUGAAGUUAAAAAUUUAGGAAGAUUCAUUUCUGUUAUGAAAUUUAGACCUUUAACUUGGCAAACUUCUCAUUCAUAUGUUCUGGUGGAUCGUAUGGAAGAUCUUACACCACCAGAAUCAAUUCGUCAGAAUGUUAAAUGCGAUCGUCGAGUCAGUUUAUAUGGAUUUGUUCGAGGUAUUCCAAUGAACAAACAAAGUAGUGUUCAUAUACCAGGUUGUGGAGAUUCUCCUAUAUAUGAUAUGUGUUAUCUUCCUGAUCCAUGUCCUCUGCCAGAAAAAUUAAAGAAGAGGAGUUUAGUUGAUAAAGAGCGUCUUGUUUAUGCACCAUUUUCUGGAGUUGGUGGUAUUGUAUAUGACAAAGAUGCCGUAUAUGUCGAACUAGGUGGAAGUCAUUCUCAUAGUAAAAUUAUGAAUAGUACACAAGAUGAUACUCCUGGUCGAGAAUUAGUAAACAACAUAGUGGAAACACAAGAUACUUUAGAUCAAAAAAUUGAUCGUAGUGAAGUUCAAAUUUUUUCUAACACUGAACCAAUUGUUUCAACUGAUUUUAUAGAAAAUGAUGAUAACGAUAUGGAAGAAGCAUUGUCUGUAACUAAUGUAACAGAUCCAAAUGAUGGUAGAAAUCGACGUAAAGUCUUUUUUCGUUCUGAUGAUAUGAAAUUUUCAGAUCUUGAUGAAUCUGAUACUGAAGACGACGACGACGAUGAUGAUGAUGACAACGAUUCUGAUAUUGAAGAUAUUAACCCUGUGAGUGAAGAAAAUAUUGAUUCUGAUUCAGAAUGGACAGACUCUGAAGAUGAAACCGAAAACAAAAAAGAUAUAGCUGACAAUUCGCGUUUUUAUGGGCAAUCAUUUGGAAAAGAAAAUGAAAUCAGAAAAAAAAUUGCCAAUGAAUUGGCAAAAUUAGACAAAAUCAAUCAAGAAUCAAAUAUUAGUACCUGGAAUGAACAAGAAGAAGAACAAAAUUAUUCUGAUGAUAAUAUCGAAUAUGAUGAAGAUUCUGAUACUGAAGAUGAAAGUGAUGGUGAUAGUGAUAAAGAGGACAUUAUUAAAGCUAAAGAAAGUGAUGAAAAUGAAGUAGAUGAUAAAGAUACAAAGAUUAAUUUAGUAAGCAAAUUCUCUAAAAAAAAUUUGCUGGAAACAGAUGGAGAUUCAACAUUAAAUUGGAAGAAAAAUUUAUCACAAAAAGCAACUAAUGCAUAUUAUGAAAGACAAAAUUCAGUUGCUAAUCUUUGGAAAUUAGUUUAUGGUGAUGAAGUUAAUGAACAAAAAAAUGAUGAUAAGCUUAAUGACGAUGAAGAUGAAUUAGGUGGUCUGUUUCGAAUGUCUUCAAUGAAAAAUAUUAAAAAACAAAAGGAAAAAGAAGACAUGAAUACAGAAGACGCAUCCAAAUUUAAUGUUGAUCAUCAUCAUGACUGGAGUUCAUCAGAGGUUUGUGGUAGUAUAAAAGACAUGUUUGUAACUGGCAAGUGGAGUCGUGAUGAAGAUGCUACAGCACUCCUUGAGGAUGAUAAUGAAGAACUUUAUGGUGAUUUUGAAGAUUUAGAAACUGGAGAGAAAGUAGAGGGUCAAGGUUUUGAUUCUGAUAACGAUAGUGUUGUUGAAAAACCCAAUAAGCCAUUAACUGAAGAUGAAUUGAUUGAAAAAAAGAAAAAAUUAAAAGAGCAGUUUGACGAAAACUAUGACGAUAAAGAAGGUGGUCCAAGUACAUAUUACGAUGAGUUAAAGGAAGAAGCUUCUAAACAAGCACAACUUAACAAGAGCCAGUUUGAAGGAAUGGAUGAUGAAAUUCGUGUACAACUAGAAGGUUAUAGAGCUGGAAUGUAUGUUCGUGUAGAACUAGAUGCAAUGCCAUGUGAAUUAGUAAGCAAUUUCGAUCCAUCUUAUCCAUUAAUUUUGGGAGGACUACAAAGUGGGGAAGAAAAUAUUGGAUUUUUGAAAGUACGAAUUAAGAAACAUAGAUGGUAUAAUAAAAUACUCAAAAACCGAGAUCCUGUUAUCAUAUCAAUGGGUUGGAGAAGAUUUCAGACAUUACCAAUAUUUUCCAAACAAGAAGAUAACAUGAGACAUAGGAUGCUUAAGUACACCCCUGAACAUGUCAUGUGCAUGGCUCACUUUUGGGGUCCAAUGACCAAACACGGUACAGGGUUUUUAACUGUUCAAAAUCUUUCAACCCAACAGGCUGGUUUCAGGAUAACAGCUACCGGGACAGUUGUUGAUACUGAUCAAUCAACUCAAGUUACUAAAAAGUUAAAAUUGACUGGCUCUCCUUUAAAAAUUUACAAACGAACAGCAUUUAUUAAAGACAUGUUUAAUUCCACUCUGGAGGUUACCAAAUUUGAAGGAGCUCGUAUUAAGACUGUUUCUGGUGUUCGGGGUCAGAUUAAAAAAGCUUGUCCAAAACCAGAAGGUUCAUUCAGAGCAACUUUUGAAGAUAAAAUUAAAAUUAGUGAUAUUGUGUUUUGCCGUACAUGGUAUAAUGUUGAAGUUCCAAAACUUUAUAAUCCAGUUACAUCAUUACUAUUGCCUUUGAACGAAAAAAAUUCUUGGCGUGGUAUGAAGACUACAGGACAAUUAAAAAGAGAACAAGGCAUUAAAGGUCUUCCACAAAAUGAUUCUAUGUAUACUCCAAUACAUAGAAGUAUGAAACAUUUCAAGCCUCUCAAAUUGUCUAAGAAUUUGCAAGCUCAGUUACCAUAUGUAGACAAACCCAAGACGUUGGCUACUGCUAAAUUAGACUUGAAAAAACAACGUGUAGCUGUGGUUAGAGAUGGUCACGAAGAACAGGUUGCUUCUUUAAUGAAGAUGAUACGCACGACUUAUAAGGAGAAGAAACGAAAAGAUAGAAAAGACAUGAGAGUGAGAGUUAGGCAACAUAAGAAAGACAUCCAAACAGAAGUAAGGGCUAAAUAUAAGAGAGAUCAACAAAAGAAAAAAGCUGUUAUGAGAAAACGUUCUAAAAUGUCGUCUACUAAAUAAUUUAUGUUAUGAAUAUUGCUUACAAUUUUUAAAUCAAUAUUAAAUUUUUUAAUUUUAUUUAAAUAAAAUGAAAAACUUAAUCAAUUUGUACAUUGUUUUUAAAUAAUUUAUAAAUUUAUAUUAUAAGGUAUUUAUAGACAGGGAACGAGUUAUUAUUUAGUACUAGUUGUUAUAUGGUGGACUCAUGCACCUUCCACCGUAAAAAUCAAAAACACCUCAAUUACAUAAUUAUUAUCCAAAAGACAAGUAACAGGUUUCACAGGCCCCCUGGAUAGAAAAAAAAAUUAACUUUUGAAAUUUUUUAUAUGGCAAUAUCUAAUUUGUGCUUUUACUCUUAUAUUAUUACUUAUUAGUUAGGUAUUUAUAAUUAUAUGUAUUACAUAUCUAUAUAAUAUGCUGAUAAUUUUAUAAUUUAUUAUAAUCAUGUAGGUUCUGGCAAAUUACGAUUAACAGGGUAUUUUUAAAUCAAUAUCUUAAAUCUUUUUAUCUUAUUUAAAUUAAAUAAAAAACUUAAGUACUAACUUCAGCUUAUGAUACAAUUUUAUAAAAACUUGUUAAGCUUACUCAGAGUUUAAUAACUAUUAUUUAUAAUACUCAAUAUUUAAAUUUUAAAAGUGUUAGAAUAAAUAAAAUGUUAAUGUUUAAUUUUAUACAUUUUAUUAUAAUUAUUAUACCAUCAAGAAUGUAUACAAAUAUUAAUUAUAAAUAUUAGUAUAAUGUAAUAAUAAAAUCUUCAUUAGGCACAUUGCAAAUUAUCACAAUUACAUAAUAGAAAUAGGUAAUACAAUAUGAAUAUAUAUUGAUUAUAAAUAGGUACCUACCUAUGUACUUAUUUUUUAUACAGCUAGGAAUUAGGACGCUAAGUACUAUAAUAAUAUUAAAUACAUAAACUAUAUACAUUAUAUACAGAUUUUAAGCUAUAUCAUAUAUAUCAUGCUAUAUUAUACUUAACUUGUUGUAACAACUAAGUAAAUGUUUAAAACUAGUGUAAAAAAUAUAUAUAUUUUGAACGAUAUCAUCCAAUUGAAGUGAUUGUUAAAAUACUAGUAGUACCACUAGUACCUAUAUAUAAAAGUAACUAUACAAUUCUAUACAGCUUCUGAUGCAUGGAUUAUAUUGUUUUCCAUAAUA